GCCAGGCUGCCCACGGUGCCAGGGCCAGCUUGGCCUUCCAGCCCCACCAAAGGGACCCCCCUGGAAGAACACUUGGGGCUCCAGCCCCCCACAAGAUGGGCCCCUUCUUACCCAUGUCUUCACUUUAAAGAUGGGGGACUGAGAUUCUGAAUAAUCACUGUAAAAAAACAGCAGCUUGCCCUUCGUUUAUCAUGAGUGGGACAUGAGGGGAACCGUGUAAAGCGCUCAUUUACCUUCUGCCAGCCCUAAAGGGCAGGUCCCACCUCUGUACAGGAGAGAAUGCAACGAGGCCAGGCACCUGCCCACUCACGGGGUCAGCGCUGGGCUAGAAUCCAGAUCCAGGACCCCUAGCUCCACAGCAAGAAAGGCACACCUGGCUAGUGUGUCCUGACACCCAUCACACACACACACAGCAGCCUUUCCCCACAAGGACACGGAACAGAUGCUGGGAUGUGGCUGCCGGGGCUGAGCUGGCCCGGGUCCGCCCCUGCUCAUGCUCUAGCACGGACCAAACCCAUCUCCUGGAAGGGCAGGGAGGGUGUCCAGGGAUGGGCCAAGGAGACCAGCUCCUCCCUUGGUCCCCUCUGGUCCAUGCCCACCUUCCAGGGUCCUUGGGGCCAAGGCACUCAGCCCCAGAGCCGAAGGGUCACAUACUGCGUGUGCCUAUCCCAGGACUGGCCAGGUUCCUGAGCCUUGACGGCCGAAAGAACCCCAGAACCCAGGGAUCCUGCUCUAGCCACUCGCUGCCCCAACCUGUGUCUCUCACACUGCAGCCCUGUUCCUGGGGGGCUGGGAGCCUAUCAGAGGCCACACGGAUGUAAUUAUUCGUGAGCCUCUAAUUACAGCACAACUCCCCCAGUUAGCAGCUCAGGUAACACUUGUCUGGGGACACGUGUGACUCAGCAAUCUUUGGGGUAAAUAAUUGAACUGCAAGCCCAGCACGGCCAAGCAAUUAGAUGUUGACCAUAGAGCACUGCCUGCCGGGCCACGCCAGGCCUGCUCGGGCCCACUCCGGGUGCCAGCUCUGUGCCUGAGCUACUGGCACUCCCCCUCCACUAACAGAAUCCGGGGGCUCUGGGGUCCAGCCAGCCAGCAGACACAGGCUUGGGGUCUGGCUCUUCUGUGAGGCUCUUCCUCCGAGCUGCCAGCCUCAGGGCCCACCACGCAGAGGUUUUCCCAAGGGACCUGGUAACCCAGGAUGGACGUGUCCCCUGAGCUCAUGGAGCAGGGCAAGGGGCCGGUGCUGGUCCGCCGGCAACCUCGGGCACCGCGGGGCCUGCGUGAGACGCUGAAAGCCAGGCUGCAGCGUAGCUGUGUGUGCAGCGUGCAGGGGGCCCGGGCGCUGGUGCAGGACCUGCUGCCCGUCACACACUGGCUGUGCAUGUACCGCCCACGGGAGGACCUGGCGGGCGACGUCCUGUCUGGACUGGUAAUUGGCAUCAUCUUGGUGCCCCAAGCCAUCGCCUACUCGCUGCUGGCCGGGCUGCAGCCUGUCUACAGUCUCUACACGUCCUUCUUCGCAAACCUCAUCUACUUCCUCAUGGGCACCUCGCGCCACGUCUCCGUGGGCAUCUUCAGCCUGCUCUGCCUCAUGGUGGGGCAGGUGGUGGACCGUGAGCUCCUGCUGGCUGGCUUCGACCCCGUCCAAGAUGGGCUGGGGCCCAGGGACAACAGCAGCGCCCCCAACGUCUCAGCUGCCAUGCUGGCACUGGGGCUGCAGGACUGCGGGCGGGACUGUUAUGCCAUCCGCGUGGCCACUGCCCUCACGCUGGUGGCUGGGAUUUACCAGGUCCUUAUGGGCAUCCUCCAGCUGGGCUUCGUGUCCGCCUACCUCUCACAGUCACUGCUUGACGGCUUCGCUAUGGGGGCCUCAGUGACCAUCCUGACAUCCCAGCUGAAGCACCUGCUGGGCGUGCGGGUCCCACGGCACCAGGGGCCAGGCAUGGUGGUCAGCACGUGGCUGAGCCUGCUGCGCAGUGCUGGGCAGGCCAACCUGUGUGACGUGCUCACCAGCGCCGUCUGCCUGACCGUGCUGCUGGCCGCUAAGGAGCUCUCGGACCGCUACCGGCACCGUCUGAAGGUGCCCCUGCCCACGGAGCUGCUGGUCAUUGUGGUAGCCACGAUCGUGUCCCACCUCGGGCAGCUCCAUGUGCGCUUUGGCUCCAGUGUGGCCGGCAACAUCCCCACUGGCUUCGAGGCCCCGCGGGUGCCGGACCCGGGGCUGAUGCAGCGCGUGGCGCUGGAUGCCGUGCCCCUGGCCCUGGUGGGCUCCGCCUUCUCCGUCUCGCUGGCAGAGAUGUUCGCGCGCAGCCACGGAUACUCGGUGCGAGCCAACCAGGAGCUGCUGGCCGUGGGCUGCUGCAACGUGCUGCCCGCCUUUUUCCACUGCUUUGCCACCAGCGCUGCCCUGGCCAAGAGCCUGGUGAAGACGGCCACCGGCUGCCGUACGCAGCUGUCCAGCGUGGUCAGUGCCGCCGUGGUGCUGCUGGUGCUGCUGGCGCUGGCACCCCUGUUCAGGGACCUGCAGCGCAGCGUGCUGGCCUGCGUCAUCGUCGUCAGCCUGCGGGGAGCCCUGCGCAAGGUGAGGGACGUCCCACAGCUGUGGCGGCUCAGCCGGGCGGACGCGCUGGUCUGGAUGGCUACGGCGGCCACCUGCGUGCUGGUCAGCACCGAGGCGGGGCUGCUGGCCGGCGUGCUCCUGUCGCUGCUGAGCCUGGCCAGCCGCACACAGCGCCCCCGCACGGCCCUACUCGCCCGAAUCGGGGGCUCCGGCUUCUACGAGGACACAGCGGAGUUUGAGGGCCUGGUCCCUGAGCCUGGGGUGCGGGUGUUCCGCUUUGCAGGCCCACUUUACUAUGCAAACAAGGAUUUCUUCCUGCAGUCCCUCUACAGCCUCACGGGGCUGGACGCAGGUCGCGCGGCCGCCAUGAGGAAGGCGGGGGGCCCGGAGGCAGGGGUCAGUGAGGGAGACCCCAUCGAGGGCAAGGACCUGGGCCCCGUGAGCAACACCACCGCGCUGGUGCCCAUGGCUGCUGGUUUCCGCACGGUGGUCAUUGACUGUGCCCCACUGCUGUUCCUGGAUGCAGCCGGCCUGGCCACACUGCGAGAUCUGCGCCGAGACUAUGGGACACUGGGCAUUGACCUGCUCCUGGCCUGCUGCAGCCCCUCAGUGACCGACGCCCUGAGGAGAGGCGGCUUCCUCCGGGAGGACCAGGGGGACGUGGAUGAGGAGGGGCAGCUGUUUUACAGCGUGCACAACGCUGUACAGGCGGCCCGGGCCCGCCAUACGGAGCAAGCACCCGCCGACUCCAACGUCUAGGAGAGCCAGCGCCUGCCCCAGGCCUGCUUCCUCCCAGGGCCCACACAGACUCCUCACACCAAUCACCCAAACUGACCCUCCUGGGAGCCUGUGCCGUCUCUGCCCUGGAGGGACCAGGGAGCCCGGAAUAGGACAGGACGGACGCCACUGUGAACACAGACAAGGACCCAGAGAUUCCUAAGAACCACACCUUUAGGACCAACGCCCCCAUGGUGCAAAGCUGGGCCCCAGUGCUGUGUGACCGUGGGGCCAGUUUGACACUGUGUUGCCAUCUUAUUUGAACAAGGGCCUGGAUGCAAUCAUGUUGCCUCCAAGGUGCCAGAAGGACGCUGGUCCCUUAGCCCCCACAGCUCCCACCCCACUGGGUGAGAGCUGGUGGCUCUGGAUGAGUGUGAGGGUCUCUGUGCCUCUGGAAGCUGCCCAACACACACACCCAAGUGUUCCUUACACCUCGUGCCUAGGCCCCUGCUGGGCAGUGCAGGACAAAGGGAGCGUGACCAACACAACCUUGGCUCAGCCGUCAGGCACAGCUGCCCUGCAGAGCCCACCCAGCGAGGACCCAGCACGGGGCGCCUGCGUGCACACUCACUGGAGCUGGGUCCAGCCUCAAUGUCAGCGCAGCGGAGCACCAGCCCGCCCCUGAGCCUCUGGCAGGAAGCCAGCUGUGCCUGCUCCUGGGGCUGCCCCAGCCAGCCCCUGGGCCUUCUUGAGCCAAGGAGCAUGUGUUCCCUCCUCCCCUCCCCACAGGAGGCUUUGCUGAGAGUGUAGGGGCCAUGGCUCCUCAGAGCAGGCCUCCCCCCUCCCUCGUGCCCCCACCUCUGCACUGCACUGUCCUCCACAGCAGACACAGCCUCCUCUCAGCCUCUGUCUUCAGCUCCCUAAAGUGGGCACUGCUGCCCCAGGCUGCCCACACCACGCUCUCCAU